AUGGAGAAUGAUAUUCGACAUUUUCUAACCAAGGCAACAGAGCAAGAAGACUGUGAAGCUCUGCAGUCAGCCUAUGAUUUAAUCAAGAAUUUGGCACCACACAUUGUCCCAGAGCUGUAUGUUCUGUGUGCAGAAGCAGCUCUAGAGCUGCAUUGUUUGGAGAUUAGCACACUAUGUCUCGAUAAAUACUUUGAGGGAAAUCCACAGGCAAAUCAAAUUUUAUGUCGAGCCUACCUCUGCCAGGGCCGUCUGAAGUCUCCGCCAGCCUAUGGGACUGUUAAAGCUUUUGAGGAGGCUAUAAAAUAUUUCCUUCAAGCGAUUGAAAUUGCGAAGAAUGAGCCAAGAUGUCACUUCCUGGUGUUCAAUGCCUCAGUGCUAUAUUUCCAUAUGGUUCACCCUCUCCUGCUGCCAGGGCGCUGCUUCCACCUGGUUCCCUCCCUUGGAAAGGUAGUGCAAGCUCUGGAACAGGUUGCAAACAAGGACCACAGUUGGAGGGCAGAACUUACAUUGCACCUGAUAACAUGUCUUGUUGACUCAGGAAGAAAGAGGGAAGCUGCAGAGAUCGCCAAAGAUAUAGAAGAAUUUAUCAAGGCACACACCCCGCAUCUUUUUUCAAGACUCUUUAAGUUGCAAGUACAACACAGUCUGACAGACAGCUUUACCAUCAAUAGAACAAUCAAGCAGGACACCGCCUCAGCAGUCAUUUACAAAAUACAGGAAUUAAAGACACUGGAAAAAGAGAGUAACCUAACAAAACAUGAUUCUGCCAAACUUGAGGAAAUUUUUUCUCUCUUGGUGGGUGGUACCAAAACAUCCACUGUGCCAGUGAUCCGUAAUGCAUUGCCCAUCCAACCAGCUGACAGAGUUGCCUUCCUCCUGGAGUUGGCUUUGCUGUCCUUGCAAGCAAAGUAUCAGAAUGUAGCUGCCAACUGUUUGAAAGAGCUAAAGUUGGUAGAAGAAGUUAGCAUUGUCCAAUCCAUAUUAAUGAAAUGUGUCAAAGCUGAAUUACACCUCCUGAAGAAAGAGGCAAAUAUAAAUGACUAUUCCAAAGCCAGCGUGGAGCACCGGCUGAAGGAUAUUGGCAAACUAGAUCAGUUGUUGCAGAGUGCAGUGAGAGAGAGAGACCCUCAGGCUGUUCAGGCAGUGUGUGCUACACAGUGGAAGUUUUGCUUGCCCCUCUUGCAGUACACCCUUAGGAAAUACAUCAAAACACCCCUGCUCAGAGUGGCACAAGAAUUGGAAGACAUCCAAAGUAUAUUGUUGGAGAUGCGAUGUCAAAUCCACUCAGAGCUAGCUAAGAUCACAGAGGAGGAAGGGUGCCUUGAGGCCUCUUUGACUCACCUUCAGAAAGCCAUUCUGUUGGAUGAUGGGACACGACAUGAACAACUGUCAUCAGCGUUACAUCUCCUGCAGGUCAGAAGGACCCCUUUCCAAGCACUAUCCCAAAAUAAAGAUAAAGCUGCUAUGCUUCUGCAGCAGACAAGGGGCAAGCAACCUCAUAACUCAGACAUUCGUCCCACCCUGGUUGCUGUUGGUCUCCAUUUGGGUCAGGAUGAUUUUCAGAUGGUGCUGGAUGGAGACAAUAUCUCCAAAAUUCCUGUAGACAUUCGUGGAUCUGGACCAGUGGCUCAGCUCUCUGCUAGGGCUCAACAACACUCUGCAUCUUUACAGAGACUGGACAGUCACCUAGCCAAACAAGCCAGAGGCGCUGACCGCAAAGAGAGGAUGAAGUUGUGGGCAAGUCUGGCAAAGACCGCCAGGAAACAUGAAGUUUGGGAUGUGUGCCGAGGUGCUUGUCGAUUCUGCUUAUUUUAUGAUAAGAGAUGGAAGAUUUCCAAGGCUCAGGACAAAAGCUGUGAAGAAUGUCUUAAUGAUUGUAAUAACAGGUCUGUUACAGAUUGCUUGCGCAUUUUAGCUGAAACCUACUUCAUUAGUGCUGAAGCCACUAUCCAAAAGCUAUUAACUGAAGGGGUGCAGCUGUACAGCCCUGCAGUCCUGCCACAAAAGCCAGGGGGUGCGUCUAAGAAGAACCCACACUGGGUAAUAUACUCAAACUGGGUCCAGGAUCUGUCUGAACAUGCCACCUCUAACUUCUUGCGGGCAGCAGAGCUGGGAAUGGAAAUCAUGGAGCCAUGGGUGGUUACAAAUGCAGCCAUUUACCUCUGGAACUACAGCAGCAACUUACUUGUGGCUGGAGAAUAUCAACAUCUGCUUCCUUCCUUUCAGAGUCUAUUGGAGAUGCUUCAAAAGCUGGAGUCCCCGGGGAAUUGUGCCCUGGUUGUUCUGUUAUGUAACGCUGUAGCCCAGGGGUUGAUGAAGUCUGUUCGUGGACCAGAGGGUGACGAGCCAAACUUGCCAGUUAAUGAGGGCAAAAGCAGUUCAGUGAAAAGAAUGAAGAAUACUGCUGCUCUUCAGGAUAUCUAUAGAGCAUUGGAGCUGUGUGACUAUGCCCUUCAAUUACCCAAUUGCAACAUGCCAGGGGAGAUGGUUUCUAUCGCAGCAAAGAAGCAGUUGGUGGCUACAUGGGUACAGAUCAAGAUGUUGUUGCAACAGCAGAUAGACUUAAAAAACUAUUUCAAAGAUGAGCGUAUGAAUGAGGAAAUAUUGAUGAGAGUCCUUGUUGCAGUGGAAAUGCACCAAUGCAAUAGGACCCCAAGACAAAUGGAGUUCUCUGCUCCUAGUCUCACCGCACUGGUAACCAUGGCAUCAGAUUGCAGCUGGACGGAUGCUGUAGUAGAGCUGCACGUAUGGUGCCAGUUGGCCUCAUUCUGUUACUCUGCCAAGGACCACAGCUUGGUGCUGUGCUGCACUGAGAGUGCACUGCAGCUAGAAGAAAUGGCAGAAAAACAAAUCAACACUUUGCCCUGUGUUUUGUAUGACAUGAUUGCCGUAAAUGAGAUGCUCAGCAGUGCAGCUUGUUCAAGGGGAUUAAGCUUAGUCCAUGAGUCCAAAGGUGAUCUACAGACUUACAGAGAGGCUAUGAAGUUUAUUUUAUCCAGCGUCAGCUAUGCAGAAAAGGCUAACAAUCCAGAUUUGUGUCUCACAGCUGCCAGACAUUACUGGAACACUUGUUUACCCUUGAUACAGACUCCUGAGGAAAGAUGGAGACUCAAAGAUGAUCUGGAAAAGAUACUUACUGCUCUGUUCCAUACCACCAAACAUGAAGAAAAAGAGAUCAAAGAGAAAGAAUCACUUAUCCUGACGGGCCUGUAUUUUGGAAGUUCAAAACAGGAAGUAAGAAAUGAAGAGGGCCUAACCCUGAGAGCAGCCAUUUAUAGUUCGUUGCUUCAGAUCUACAUAGAUGAAUCUGACAGGACAAGUGCUCUGCAGCUGCUGGACAAGGCUAUUAACAACAUCCCCUCCACCAGACAAGCACUGUCUCUGCUCAAACAUUGCAUAAAAGUUAAAGCACAACUGGGAGAAAGUGUCCUGACGGACAUGCAAAGGGUCCGGGAUGACGAGCAAUGCAGUUCACUUAUGUGGCAUCAGCUGGCACUGUGUGCUACCAAUAUGAGCCACAAGGUUACCUACUACCAGAAAUCAAUCUCAUCUCUGUUCAGCAUUGAGACCCAGUGGCAGAAGGUUGACCUCAUCCUGGAGUUUGGACAGUGGCUGUAUUUUCACAACUUUCCAGAAGCCAGUGCCCAACACCAAGUUCAAUGGGCCAUCGACAUCCUGCUACACCUGGAUCCUGAACCUGAACCGGAUCCUGAACAAAAUCCUGAACAAAAUCCUGAACAAGAGUCUACACAGAGCAGUUUGAGUAUACAGGACAUUUCCUUGGUGGGAGCCCAGAGCUUGUUGUUCAGGCAAAAUAUGUCGAGUCUGGAUGAAGUGCGUCACCUGGAUGGCUUAGUAAGAGCACACACUCUGCUUGCUGUCAUGGCUGGCAGGACUUCACCUGAGCACCAGCUUAACCUGGUCAUAGCCUACACUUUUGUACUUCAAAUAUGGCAGGUUUCAUUGGAGGCUGCUUCUAUGCUGCUCCAGCCUCGCCCCCCCCCAACGGCACUCAAAAAGAAGAAAAAAAAUGUAAAAGGGAAAACCCCACAACAUAAAAAAGCUAAACCUGUUAUUAUGUCACCUCCUUCCUGCCCGGAGGACUGGGCAAAGUACAUCUGUCCUGAUGAAGUCAGAGACAUUUUCAAAGGCAACAGUAACCCCCAGUGUAUUAAUACACAUAGCAUUACAAACCAAACUCAAAGCAUAUUUUAUCUGAAUGUGCUGGAAAAAGAGCUGAACUCAAUCUCCCUUGAUCACCUGACUUUGCCUGUACUGCAUCUGGCUGAACUCAUUGCCCAUGACCUAACUGACAAGAGAAGCCUGUCUGAUCUCUAUCGACUCAAAAUCCUCUGGACCUGUUAUGAGCUGGGCUUGGAAACACAUUCACAAUAUCAAAUAAUUCUCCAGGAUUUGUGUGAAACCAAGGAUGAAGAACAGAUAACGUGUCACACAGCGAUUGCUCGUUCAAAUAAUAGGAGAGACCCUCACAAACCUUGUAAUCAGAAAGCUGAGAGGGAUGACGAUGCCUGGCCUGGACAACAAAAUAUGAAUGUGUUUGCUCAGGAUAUCUGGCUGGACAAAGCUGAGGUUUGCCUCAGCAUGGGGCUCUAUCAACCAGCACGACAGCUCCUGGCAGAGGCUCACUUAGUGGCAAGAGAGCUUGGGAAUCCGAAAGCACUGGCAAGAAGUUUACUCAGUCUGGCCACUCUGGCUUGUGAAGAACAGAAGCCUGCCCAAGCCCUGACACUUCUGGACAAAACUCAAGACCUCAGUGGUGAUGAAGAGUUCUGGUACCAGUUUACACUCAUCAAGGUAAAAGCUUUAGUAGGCCAGAGACACCAAGAUGCACAAACAAAAAUUGAUCAUGUCAUAAAGCAGGGCUGUGGGGCUCUAAAGCUGGUCAUGGAGCAGCAGAUAAAUAGAGCCCCAGAGAUCACAUUCUUGAUCACUUCAUUAGAGAUGAGAGGUGCCAAGGAAUGUAUAAGUACCCUUGACAGUGAACCUGGAAUGACACUCUGCUACAAGAAUGUCCAGAGGGUUAUGGCUGCCUGCAGUACACUAAGAGAGUGUGUCAGUAGUUUCACAAAACUCAACCAUAGACAACAGGCAGCAGAGGCAAGUGCAGAGAGCGCACAUGGUAUGAGACUUUUAGCCAACCGUGCAAUCACAAAAGAGGAGAAGCAGCGUUUCCUGCUUGCUGGCCUCUCCCAAUUGCAGCAGGCUGUUGUACUGCAGGAGCAUGUGGUGCUGAAUGCUCGGAGCCUGCUCCCCCAACAAAAGACUUGUGAAUUUUCACUGACGGCUAUGUGGAGGCUGAUGCACCUGCGACUAGCUCUGGCAGAUUUUUCUCUGGCCAUGCUGGAGGAGCAGUGUGCUGAAGAGACACACCAAGCUCUGUCCCGUCAGAGGAAAACCUCAACUGAGAUUAUACUGGAGGAGUUUCUAAGCAGCACACUUGAGCCAAACCCAAUAGAGCAGGAAUGGAUGAAUGUUAGCAGUACUUUGGGGCAGGUGGCUCUAUGCCAGCUCGGUGCCGUCAGUUCUUGCUCUUUGAACAACAUGGAGACCCAAGCUCGCUGCCUUAGUCUCAUGGGGAAGUACUUGAGACUGCAGGCUAUGCAGAUGGACCCUAUUUAUGUGAGCGAUCUCUGGGACAAACGCAAGCAGCGUGAGGCCUUAUCUGACCAUGAAACCACUUCUGUACAGUCUGAGAAUUCAGAGAAUGGGAAAGGCAAAGACUCAAAUCCAAAAGACCCAAAGACAACUGUCAAAAGUACUGAGCUGAAGCAGAGAAGGCAUAAAACCAAGCAGCUAUUGGCACAAGCUACUAAGGCCCUCAGUGAAGCCGUCAGCUUGUUUCUCCAACACAACCCGUCAUCCUCCAUGCUGGCUGAUGCUUCUAUCAACAUAUUGGGUUGUCUUGGCCAAAUGGAACCUGCAAUGGCAGGUCAGUAUCUUGCCCUCUUUCAGAGCUGCUGCACUGUGUCACUGACAAAUGAAGUCCUGCGUUCUGCAUGUGUUGACACCAACGUGUCCCAACUCUCAGCACUAUACAGUCUACACAAGAACCUGCUCCACUAUCAAGGGAAGAGGCCCAGCAGCAUGCUGAAGGGGUUGGAGGACUCCCUUAACCACCUCUCCAAGGCCUUCAGCCAGCUGACCAUUAAUCCCAACCACUUCAAUAUCCUUAAAGAGCUCCCAUCCAACCUGAAAAUCCUGCUGCUUCAGCACUCUGAAGAUGGAUCAGAACUUUAUGGAGCCUUCUAUGAGAUGAGCAAAACUUCAGAAAAUAAAGCAAAGACUAAUGGUGUUCCAGAUACUCUGACAUGCUCUAAUUUGGCCAAGGUUCCAGUCUGUCCACAGGAUCUGCUGACACUGAGGGAGCAGAUUCAAACAUUUGGUCAGGAUACUAGAUGUUCCCUCAUUAAGGAAGUCUGUUUGCACUGUACAAAGGGCAACCUGGAGGCCUUUGAGAAGCAUCAGAAAUCUGCUACAGAUAAAAGGUUAACACCUCAUUUCUGCAAAAUUGUACAGGAUAUGGAAGACUAUUUGAAACCGCUGCUUGCGCAGUUUAACUUCUCUUGCUUAAGACCCCAAGUGGAAAUAGAACCACCUAUUGAAACGACAAAAUCCAAAGAUAAGAAAAAGAAGCAAAACUUGCCUAAACCAAUCCCAGACCCAGGUGAAUAUGUGGUGUUGCUAGCAGACAGGAAGUUGCUGGAUUUGCCACUGGAAUCCUUACCUUUUCUGCUGGAGGAAGGCGUGAUCUCUGUGUCACGAGACCUUUCCCUCCAGCUUCUUCACAGUAGAUUGAACAAAGUGAAACCAGAGAGUGAUCAAUGUGACAAUGAAAAAAAGAGCAAAAGUGGCAAGAAAAGUAAGUUGAAGAAAAAAGAAAAACAAAACCAAAGUAGCAAAGCGAUACCGGACUUACCCUCAAACACCUUCUCAGUUGACUUUCGAAAUGUAAAAUAUAUUGCUGAUUCUUACAAUGGCGGCAACUUUGAGACUAGUUUGACUACGAAGAUGAUGGAGAUUAUGGACACCUACAGUAAGGUUUCCAAACUUCAGAAGGACGACUUCAUGGGCAGUCUGUCUGAGUUGGAGCGCCUACUAUGCAGAUGCAGUGCCUUUAUUUACCUUGGGAGGGAGCACUUCAUGGCUAACAUCUCACCUGGAAAACUAGCAGCCCUCCAACUGUCAAAGUGCCGCAUGGCUCUCCUCUUUGAGCAAGUUCACAACGAUGCCAGCAGUCUCCAGCAGUCAGUCCAUGACACGCACACUAGCGCUGGACAGUUUCCCCAGUUAAAAACCCAGGAGACUGCUCUGCUAUUGAGUUUGUGUGGUGUUGGUGGUAUUGUUGUUAAUCAGUGGCAGAGUAGCUUUCAACAGACAGCAAACAAUAUGGUAACUUUACUAGAAAACCUGGUGAGAGUCAGACAAACCUGUGGUCAGACCAUCCAUGCCUUGAGAAGGAAUGGUUCAAAGAUGAUGCAUAAGGCUACAGGGUCACAUGAUCCAGUACGCCUCACUGAUUCAAAGAAAGUUGAUGCUCCCAACAAAAUCCCUCUCAAACCAUCGUCCUUCAACUGUGUACUUUAUGGACUCCCUUACUUAACUUUUACAUAA